UGACACAGACAAGGGUAUGGUUGUCAUAGAAACGAGCUCUUCAUCAAACAGCGUACGCGCUUGUAACUGCAGCAGGCAAUAAAACCAGGCUAUUUCAAGCAGGUAUUUCACGCAAUCUCUGGUCGUCAUGCACGGUAACAGGAAUGAUGUGAUGCCAUUUCCCCCAUCCAUCAGCAGAGACAGGGUCGUAUGGGAAUUUCCAAAGUGCUACACACCUGAGGCCUCUCUACAGCUGAAGAAAGACUGGGACAUUCAGGCUAAAGCAGCCUGUAAAGACAGAGCCACCAGGCAUCAGCCGUGGGACCGACAGAAAAUGUCAAAAGUGGUGGUUGUUGGAGACCUUAAUGUGGGGAAGACAUGCCUCAUUAACAGGUUUUGUAAAGAUGUAUUUGAAAGAGACUACAAAGCCACUAUAGGUGUGGACUUCGAGAUUGAGAGGUUUGAGAUAUCUGGAGUACCUUUCUCCCUUCAGAUCUGGGACACUGCUGGACAGGAAAAAUUCAAGUGCAUUGCUUCUGCAUACUAUAGAGGCGCUCAGGUCAUUAUCACAGUGUUUGACAUGGCAGACAUCAAGUCCUUAGACCAUACAUGCCAGUGGUUGGAGGAGGCCAUGAGAGAAAAUGAGCCUGACUCCUGCUUCAUCUUUCUGGUUGGCACUAAGAGUGAUCUGUUGCCCUUAGAGGAAAGACAGAGGACAGAAAAAGAUGCCAUCAGGAUAGCAACAGAAAUGCAUGCAGAAUUUUGGGCUGUUUCAGCUAAAACAGGGGAGAACGUCCAGGGAUUUUUCUUCAGAGUGGCAGGUUUGGCCUUUGAGAAGUGCAUGCUGAAGAACAUGGAGAAUGGGGUUCCUGCAAGUAUUGGACAUAUCAGUAUCAAAUCAGAUCAUGCCAGCUUGGAGGAGGCUGCACCCCAAGACAUGAGGAAAAGUUGCUGCUGAUGAAAAGAGAAACUCUAAAAGUGAGCUGUUGUGCUCUUAGCUUCAGCUGCAGAAAUGUGGCUGACUGUGUUCCACCAGACUGAAAUAUGCCUUAGGACAUAAUCUAUUAGCUUUCUUGAGUCAUCAAAACUGCCAUGUUUUCUUACAUUUGUAAAAGAUUGGAUCAGACGUAUUCUCGAAAGCUCUAGUUGUUAGGUUGAAGCCACCAAUGAUGGAUUGUUUUUGCUCAUAUCAUACAAAAUCUUAUUUUAUCAUUUUUAUGGCCAAAAAUGCAAAAAAAAUAGUACUCAUUGUUUCAUCCAGAAUACAUUUGUUUUUCUGAGUGGAACGUUAAAACAUAUCUAGACCAUGGAAAACCUAAGAUAAAAUACUUCACUUUAACAAUAACAAAUCUGAUCAGUGUAUCUCAUAAUCAUUUCAGUUUAUCUUGCCAUGUGAUAUUGGGCCAUUCUGUAACCCUUGAAUGGAGGCUUUAGGUCUUUUCUGCUCCUCUCAUAGUGUUUGUUUCGUCAUACAGUAUUGUUAUGGAAUAUGUCUCACCCAUUAUUUUGGGUUUUAUACAGAUAAUGUUUAAUUAAAGUUUAUAGGCUAGAAGUUGGGAGCAAAGAAAAACCAAAUGAUCAUUUACUUCCAAGUAAACAUUAACAUAUAUGAUGGUCACAACACCAUAAUUUCAUAAAAUAAUAUCUUGUUACUGUAGAGCAAAAGCUGACGAUAGCAGCUGUGCGUUUAUGAGACCAGUAUUGUUGUCAAAGCCUGUUUUUAUUUAAUAAAGUGGUUUCUCAACUG